AUGAAGCAUCAGUCUCAGGGGCCUACUUCUUCGCCCUCUCAUCAGGCCAGAAACAACUACUCUACUCAAUACAUUGUCAAAGGUCCUAGUAUUCAUCGCUGGGCUCAAAUUUCAUCCAAGCAACACAGCAGCCCGACAUCUCACGACGCCAUGGACCCUCAUAAUUCCAUGGAUAUUUCCAACAACCAUCCACAUACAGUUACCAGUAACGGAUAUCAUGUUCAGCCAACAUAUGGAGGCUGGCAGCAGAAUGCUCAAGUCCACCAACCGUCAGCUCCUCGAAGCAUGGUAUCUGGCAAUUGGCGAGGCUCCCAGUCGCCAACUGGUUCUAUGAACCUCCCUGUUUCCAGCACAAACAACUAUUCUCUCAUGGGCUCUCCACCUCGUUCAUCCGUACCUAACGAGGGAGGACCUGUGAGCAUCUCGGAUUGCCUCAAUGGCUAUGCCUACUGCGUCAAGCGACCUGAUGGCCGAUACACCAGACUUGUCCCAGCAGACAUGCUUCCAAACCUCAACGAACUCCCGGCAACUCAGGCCAGUGCCCAAGGCAUGGUUCUUCUGCCUGACCUGCACAUGCAGCCGCCUCAGGGGGUCGCCCGCAUGAACCAUCCCGUAACUGUCAAGACUCCAACUGGCCCAGCAUCUGAUGUCCUUCAGAACAGAAUCGAUCGCAUUGUUGCAACAACCUCACCUGCUCAGCAGCGCAGAACUAAGAUCUACUGCGACAAAUGGAUCCACGACGGAACCUGCGCCUUCACCCAGCAGGGCUGCAAGUAUAAGCACGAGAUGCCGUUUGAUAAGGCAACGCAGCAGUCUCUUGGCCUAUUUCACGGGUUCCCCAAAUGGUGGAGAGACCACCAGGAGGAGCUCCAGAAGCAGCUCAACAGAAACCCAACGGCUAGUCGAGGCCAAGCUAUCCUGCAGGUUGAUUGGCGGGGUGAUAGCAACGAGGAUACCUCCAACAUGGCAAAUGUGCAGGCCCCGAUCGGCGCUGAGAGAUACCAGCCUGGCAAAGGGAACCGCCUCUCGCAGAGUCAUGAUGAUAUGACUAUCGCUGUUGAGAAGCGCCCGAGAACAGGAUCUGAGACUGAUUGGGCGAGGAGUCCAUCGACAUGUCAAGGAUGGAACGGAUCUUCACCACGGUCCUCUGCUGGUUCAGCUGACCAUGCUUAUAUUCGUCAGUGA